GUCAUCCACAUAUAUCAGGGGUUAAAACUAGCCAACCAUCUAGCCGAUAAACACUUGCCGCUGGCACACUGGACUUCGCUUAUUAUCUAUAUAAUCAUUUAUCUGGUUUGAUUACAAACUAGUAAACCUUGGAGCUCGCUGGCGAUAUGGAGUCCCAAGUUUCCUUCUUGCUUCUCAGUCUCUUCCUCUUCUUGUUGCUCCUCUGGUUUACAAAGGCAAAGAACAAAGCUCAUUCUAAGAUUGAAAUCCCAGGGCCAUGGAAGCUUCCUGUACUGGGAAAUCUUCAUCAGUUAGCAGCAGCGAAGUCAUCACUUCCACAUCAUGCUCUUCGAGAGCUAUCCCUCAAGUACGGACCUCUCAUGCACCUUCAGCUUGGUGAGAUUUCUACAGUGGUUGUGUCAUCCCCAGAUAUGGCCAAGGAGAUUAUGAAGACCCAUGAUCUUGCCUUUGUGCAGAGGCCUCAAGUUUCUACCGCUGGUCACAUCCUUAGCUAUGGAUCAUCUGACAUCGCCCUUGCUCCUUAUGGUGAAUACUGGAGACAGAUGAAAAAAAUAUGUACGUUACAGCUCUUGAGUUCCAAGAAGGUUCAAUCAUUCUCCCAUGUUCGACAAGAUGAGGUAUCUCAACUUAUAGAGUCAGUUCAAUCAUCGGCAGGUUCAGUUGUGGAUCUAUCGAGCAAGAUUUACUCUUUGACUAGUUCAGUAGUUACAAGGGUAGCAUUUGGCUCCAAACGCAAAGAUGAAGAGCUUUUGCACUGGCUGGAUGAAGCAUUAACACAACUGAGCGGAUUUAACUUGGUUGAUUUGUUUCCUUCAAUGAAACUUGUUCUUCUCCAUGUUACCAGAAUGAAAGCAAAGUUGAUGAAGAUUCACAAGAAUUUAGACAAGAUUUUUGAAGAUAUUCUCCAGAAGAAUCGAACGAAUUUGCAGUCAACACCAGAAGGAGGCCGUGAAAGUGGCUCUAGAGAAGACAAUCUUCUUCAGGUUCUUUUACGAAUCCAGCAAAGUGGAAUCCAGGACAUCCCAAUUACAAAUGACAAUAUCAAAGCUAUUAUUUGGGAUAUGUUUUCCGGGGGAACCGAUACGUCAGCAACAACGUUAGAGUGGGCCAUGUCAGAAUUGAUGAGGAAUCCAAGGGUGAUGGAGAAGGCACAAGCUGAGAUAAGAGAAGCAUUUAAAGGAAAGAAAGUAAUUCAUGAAAGUGACUUGGAAAAACUCAGUUACUUAAAAUCAGUGAUCAAAGAAGCUUUGAGGCUGUACCCUGCAGUUCCCUUGAUGGUGCCGAGAGAAUGCAGAGAAACUUGCAAGAUCAAUGGCUAUGAAAUACCCAUCAGAACUCAAGUGAUAGUAAAUGCGUCGGCGUUGGGAAGAGAUCCAAAUCACUGGUACGAAGCAGAGAAGUUUAUACCAGAAAGGUUUCAGGGAAGUUCUGAUAUUGAUUUCAGAGGAACGAACUUUGAGUACCUACCUUUUGGAGCUGGAAGGAGAAUGUGCCCAGGCAUUACGUUUGGUUUGGCAGUGGUUGAGCUUUGUCUAGCAAGCUUACUGUACCACUUUGAUUGGAAACUCCCAGACGGAAUGAAACCAGAGGAUUUAGACAUGACUGAAGCCCUUGGCAUUACAGCUAGGAGGAAGAACAAGCUCUGUUUGAUUCCCACACCGUACAAUGAAUAUUGACAGUUCCUCUUCAAGGCAGUUCCUAAAUGAAGCACAAUAUUGAUCAUUAAUGUUAUAUGAUGUGAGAAUCAAACACAUAUAGCUUUGCUCUUCCUUAAUGUGUGUGUGUGGGGGGGGACCUAUUUAUAUAAUCUUUACUCUAGCCAGUUAUCUUCGCACUGUACUUUUGUACCUGAAUUAUUUAAUAAGAUCUUAUUUUCAGCACGGACAAAA